AUGGGAGGGUGUACGUCACGUGGGCUCUCAGAAGAGAAACUCGCAUGUUACUCCCACCGUACCGGCAACCUCGUUGAUGAGCAUCUUUCGACAGGGGCAGUUGAGGCACACGAGCUUCAGCCCUUCUUUUCUUCUCUGCUGGGAGCCAUCACGGACCUUUUGAAGUGCAGCCGGGAGGAUGCCGUCGAGUUCCUUGCAUGCGCAAGUAGUGCAAACCCACGGGCGGCAGAGUUGUUUACUUCCUUUUGUGCUGCAAAUCCGCUGAAUCUCAUAAAAUGGGAUGUGAAUCACGCGAAGUUCAUGAUGAUAUGGAUAAAGUACGACGACGACAACAGCGGGGACAUAUGCGUUCGUGAAUUGAGGAAAAUCUUGAAGGGUUUGAGCUUCCCUGAAAGGCUCUCACAAAAGAUGAUUGACGAGCUGGAAGCUACAGGGGGGAGGGCAAACUACAAGUUGAUGCAGGGGACAUUUAUGUCUCUGACAAGACUUAAUGAACUGACAUAUGCAAUGCGAAAUAUUGUGGGUCCCGAUCGGGACGUGAUGACAAAGGCUGAGUUUGUUACCUUCCUGAAGGAAACUCAAGGAGAGGGUGCCGAUGGUGAGGAGCUGCACGUAUUUCUAGACGCUGUUGGCUGUACCGAAGAGCAUCCUGUACAUUUGGACGCAUUCUUAUCAUUUCUCAGCGACAGGCGCUUUAACUCCAUUGUGAACAACAGAAAGGUGUCUAGUGUUUACCACGAUAUGACUCGCCCGAUAUGUGAGUAUUUCAUCAAUUCCUCGCACAAUACCUACCUUACGGGUGAUCAACUCUUGAGCAAAUCUUCCACGGAUAUGUACAAGAGGGUUCUACUGGAUGGCUGCCGCUGCGUUGAACUUGAUUGUUGGGAUGGUCGCAAGGGUCAGCCUGUAGUUUAUCAUGGUUACACAAGGACUUCCAAGCUUUGGUUCCGGGACUGUAUUAGCACGAUCAAGAAGUAUGCUUUCGUUAAUUCAAUAUACCCUGUCAUUUUGUCGCUUGAGGUUCACACUAGCCUCCGCCAACAGGAUCGAAUGGCGGAAAUUUUGUGUGAAACGCUCGGAGAUAUGCUAUUCUGCAGUCCUUGGGGUGCUGGUGAACAGACUUCUUUCACAUUCUCGCCGGAAGCGCUAAAGGGAAAAAUUCUGCUAAAGAGCAAACGGGCUACUACACCUACCGAUGGGGUACAGGUUGAUGAUGACGACGAUGAGGAUGAGGAAGCCGAUGGUGUGGUGGAAAAUUUCGUACCACCUGAAACUGCUCGGCGUUGUCGCGGUGGUGGAAAAACGAAUUCAAGGGGUGCUGAAAAGAAAAAGAAGGUUUCAAAGGUUUCAGAGAAACUAUCUCGUCUUAUUUCAAUCGAAUCCAUUGGUUAUAAGGGUGUUGAGGAUCUAAGUUAUCUUGAAAUGCGUCAACCAUAUCACUGCAGCUCUUUUACUGAAGGGAAAGCGGGGAAAAUUGCCUCUUCUAACCAGGAGGAGUUUGUUGCCAUCAAUAAUCGGUGUUUGAGUCGCAUAUACCCCACAGGAACUCGCAUCGGUAGCAGUAACUUUCAUCCUCAAACGUUUUGGAAUUGUGGGUGCCAACUAGUUGCACUCAAUUGGCAGAAUUACAAGUCAUACCAGCUUAGGCUAAAUAGGGGGUUCUUCAGCGACAAUGGUAACUGCGGCUACCUUCUCAAACCGACUGCUGUGGACAUUGCACGUGCAAGGGGGCCAAAACGGCAGUCACGGUUGCUCACAAUAGAAAUUAUAUCAGCUUUCUGUCUUCCCAGGCGGAAAAAUGCAUCCGGUAGCAGUAUUGUGGAUUCUCGCGUAGCCGCCUUGAUUGAGGGCCCCGGCAUGGAGAAAAGCCAACGAAACACAUCUCCCAUUCACAAUAAUGGCUUUCAUCCUGUCUGGCGGGGUGAGCGCCUAAACAACGAGUUCUGCUGGAAGGUGUACGAGUGGGAACUGUCCACCCUUGUCAUGCAGGUGUAUGACGAGGAUACCAAAAGCAAUAACCUUCUGGGUGAAUAUGUUGUGCCAUUACGUGCCCUAAAAAAAGGAAUUCGCCAGGUCCCCCUUCGAGACCUCAAAGGAUCUAUUAUACAUGGCUCUUUUUUAAUGGUUCAAGUAUCUUAUCAGUAG